CAUGAAAUUGUCCAAAAUGUCUUGGUAUGAUACGUCCAUCGGAUUGCAAGACAGAGAAGAAUAUUGACUUUGCAGACAGUUGGUUGGCAACUUCUGCGCACUGCGUGCCUCAGCAUGCACUGACCCCUCUCUGUCAUUUUACGUGGCCUACCACUUGGUGGCUGAGUUGCUGUUGUUCCCAGUUGCUUCCACUUUGUUACAAUACCACUAACAGUUGGCCGUGGAAUAUUUAGUAGCCAGGAAGUUUCAGUGAUGGACAUAUUGCACAGGUUGUAACCUAUCACGGUACCAUACUUGAAUUCACUCAGCUCAUUCUUUCACAAAUGGUUUUAGAAGCAGUCUGUAU